AUGAGGCCUCUCACGCUGUGUUUGGCUGCUGCACUCUUUGCAGUAUGUCACAGCUGUUCUUCAGGAAAAGAGUUUAUCACAGGUUUUCUUCCAAACUUUCAACAACAAAAUCCCCCAGACCACAGACUCCACUUGGUCCUGACCGCUCAGGAAUCUGAGGCCAAAGUCCACAUUCAGGUGGCUUCAGUCAAGUUCUCCAAGGAGCUGACCCUACGUGCAGGGGAAACUCGUUGGGUUUCUUUACCAUGUGGAACUGAGCUGCAGAAACUAUACGUCAGUCCAAAAUCUGCAGUUCGAAUCUCAUCGAGCACUGGAAUCUCUGUGGUCACCUUCAACCGCCGCGUCCGCUCCGGAGACGGCGCAGUGGUUUCCCCAAUUCAAGAUCUAGGCACUGAGCACUAUGUGUUCACACCCCCAUCUGGGAGACAUGGCUUCGACAGGCUAGUUGGCAUCGUAAACGGGGACAGCCAGAACAUGAUCACCAUAUUGCCAGCCAGUGAUGCAAAACUCAGAGGGGGAGCGAAGUGGAAUAAAGGGAAAGCGGUGACCGUCACCCUGCAGCCCUACGAGUCCUAUCUGAUACGAAGUCAUACCUGUUUGUCAGGCACUCAGAUUAAAUCCCAGAAGCCUGUGGCGGUGUUAACUGGUCACCAGUGUCUGAACCUCGGUCGUGGUUGUGAACAUGUGUAUGAACAGCUCCCCCCUGUGGCUAAAAUGGGUAAGGAGUACAUUGUGCCCUUCACUGGGAACUCCAAAACAACUAACGUAGCUGUGGUUAUGGUUGGUGAAGAUGACGCUGAAUUGACGGUGUACCAAGGCCAACAGCGAAUGAAACAUAUUCUGAAGAAAGCGGGACAAAUGUUGGCCAUUCCGAUGAAAAUGAAGCGUCCUCUGAUGGUGAAGAGCAACAAGAAGGUGAUGGUGCUGCUGCUUAGCGACAACAAACCAAGGGACCCCUUCUUGAUAACUCUGAUUCCGACAUGCAAGCUGUCCACUGAUUGGGCGGUGGAGACAGUGGACGGGUUAAAAAGUUGGGUCUCCAUUGUGUCACGGAGGGAGGGGGCAAGCAGUGUGAAGGUGUGUAAUAAGGGGCAGUGCUUCUCAAAACUCAAGUGGUCCAGUGUCGGCUCAGAUAAUGUAUGGGUGUCGACAAAAGUCAAAGUGGGAAAACAGCAGAGUCAUUUCACAGUGGAAGGAGAUGUUCGUAUGGCGGUCUAUGCCUACGGUGGAAGGAGAGCCCACGGGUUUGGAAUCGCUGGAGUCUGUUCUGGAGGUAACACUCCCCCACCACCACCACCCAAAGAUCCCUGUGAAGACGUUACAUGUCGGUCAAAGGAGAGUUGUGUGAAUGGAGAAUGUGUCCCUGUUUCCACGGCAACUUGCACAGCCAUGGGUGACCCCCACUUCACAACGUUGGAUGGACGUCGCUUUGACUUCCAGGGCACCUGUACCUACAUUAUGGCAACAGUGUCAGAAAAAGAUCCUACCCUUACUCAAUUCACUGUAACUACAAAGAACAACCAUCGAGGAAGCCGCCGAGUUUCCUACGUGAGGACUGUGACCGUGACUGUAUACGAGCAGACGAUAGUCAUCAGCAGACAUGGAGGACGAGUAGAGGUGAACGGGGAGCUUCAGUACCUGCCUGUCAGUCUGUUGAAGGAUAAGGUCACUGUGAGUAGGAGUGGGUCCUACGCUGUCCUCAGCACUGACUUUGGCCUGGUUGUAAAAUACGACUGGAAUAUGAGGCUAUGGAUUACAGUUCCCUCCUCAUACUAUGAACACAUGGGAGGACUUUGUGGGAACUACAACGGAGACAGGAAGGACGAUCUGCCGGACCCCAAAGGCAACAGUAUCCCAAUAGUUCUGGAGAUGAUCAAAAAGUGGAAGGUGAAGGAUCCAGAUCUGUUCUGUAACGACAACUGUGGCGGUCGCUGUCCUCACUGUUCCCCAGAGCAACAGAUUCACUUCAGAAAACCCACACUGUGUGGGCUCAUGACCAAAGAGGACGGCCCUUUCUCAGCCUGCCACAAAACCGUCCAACCCUACCCAUUCCUGGACAACUGUGUCUAUGACGUCUGUGUCACUAAAGGUGCCAAACAGAUUCGUUGUGAUAACCUGAAGAGUUAUUAUGACACCUGUUUGUCACAAGGAGUGAAAAUGACCGCCGAGUGGAGAGAGCACUCCGGAUGCACCCCCUCGUGUCCAGCUGGAAGCCACUAUGAGGCGUGUGGUACAGCGUGUCCCAACACUUGCUCGUCCCCAGACAUUGCGACGCGCUGUAAGUCUCCCUGUGUGGAGGGAUGUCAGUGCGAUAAAGGAAGGGUGCUCAGCGGAGACAGAUGUGUCCCUAAAUCUCAGUGUGGAUGUCAGCAUGACGGCAAAUAUUACCCAGCAGGCACCAAGUUUUGGGGGGAUAACACCUGCUCCACCAGGUGUAAAUGUGUCAAUGGUAAAACAAAGUGUGAUAAAGUCAGCUGCAGGAAGAAUGAGCACUGUGGGCUUAAGAAGGGAGUCAGGGACUGUUACGCAACAUCCUUUGCAUCAUGUCAGUGCACCGGAGACCCCCACUGCAUAAGCCUGGACAACCGGCGCUUUGAUUUCCAGGGUACAUGUACCUACGUCCUCUCUCAGCUGGCCAAGGGGUCCGACAAGGGACUGGAGCCGUUCCAGUGUCUGGUCCAGAAUGAGAACAGGGGACGGAACAAGGCGGUGGCCUACACUAAGUCUGUGUCUCUCACCGUGUUCGGUAACGUCACUGUCAGCUUGAGUAGCACCAACCCGAGAAAGAUAAUAGUGAACGGUCAGUCAGUCAACCUGCCGUUCUCGUUUGAAGACGGAAAACUUACCGCACACAAAGGGGGAAGGUUCGGCGUUGUGAAAACAUCAUUUGGUUUGACGCUCAGAUUCGACUGGCGCAGUUACGUCAAGGUGACUCUCCCCAGCUCGUACAACGGGGAAACUGCCGGUUUGUGUGGAAACUACAACGGAAAACCUGGCGACGACUUCACCAAAUCUGACGGCACCCUGGCCAAAAAUCCCAAUCAGUUUGGUGACAGCUGGAAGGCCGGAGGAGACGUGGGCUGCACCAGUGACUGCCCUGGAGGUAAAUGUCCAGAGUGCGAACCUGCACUGGUACUUCGCUACCAGGAGGGGCGCUACUGUGGCAUCAUCUCUGACAAGGAAGGACCAUUCGGUCAGUGUCACAGCAAACUGGACCACAAGACCUUCCUCAACGACUGUGUCUUUGAUAUGUGUGCAUACAAGGGCCACGCCUCCGCUCUGUGCAGCAGCCUAUCAGCUUUCAGCACGUCUUGUCAGGCGGCGGGAGCUAAAAUUGAGAGUUGGAGGACCAAAAAGUUCUGUCCUCUGCCAUGUGGUGCAAACAGUCACUAUGAGGUGUGUGCCUCCCCCUGCCAGCCCACCUGCAGCGGCCUCAGCCUACCUGAUGACUGUGACGAAGACGACCCCUGCACAGAGGACUGUGUGUGUGACGACGGCUAUAUACUGAGCAACGACAAGUGUGUUCCUGUGGCCGAGUGCGGAUGUCAAGACGGAGGGCAGUACUAUCAGGAUGGACAGGUGUUCUACCGCGGACAGUCCUGUAACACUCAGUGUGUGUGUUCAGAAGGACAGAUAAAGUGUGACGCCACCUUCCACUGUUCACAACACGAGAAGUGCGUUCUGAAAGACGGCGCCGUCUCCUGUCAACCCAAAAGUAUUGGUUCCUGUUCGGUCAGCGGAGUCAGAAACAUCCGCUCCUUCGAUGGAAAGGAGUAUCCUCUGUUGGGAGACUGUCUCUUCACGCUGUCAGCGGUGCAGAAGAACGAUGGGGGGAAGACGCCCUUCUCCGUGUUGGUGCAGCAGAAAACAGAUAAAGACGGCUCUGUCACUCGCCGCGUUGAGGUUCAGGUGUAUGACUCUGAAAUCUCCAUGGAGACAGGGGUCAAUUGGGAAGUUAAGGUCGAUGACAUCAAAGUCACCCUUCCCGUGUCACUGGCUAAGGAAAGGGUUCAAAUACAACAAAACGGUGUCAACAUCAUUGUCGAAACUGACUUUGGGCUAAAGGUGACCUAUGACACUCAGUCGGGUGUGGUCGUGCAUCUCCCGUCGACCUAUCACAGCGCAACCAGUGGCCUCUGCGGGAACUACAACGGCGACGUGUCUGACGACCUGGUGGGGGAGAUCGGAAAUCCGGAGGACACAGCUGCGGCCUCAGUUGUUGAGGAGGACGAAGACGUCAAGUGUGACACAAGCUGUCGGGACACUUCCUGUCCUGAGACUGAUAAACAGACGGACCCUGACGCUGAGAAAAACUGUGACAUCAUCAAAUCAGCACAGGGCCCAUUUGAAGGAUGCCACUCUACAGUAAAACCUACUCCGUACUAUGAUGCCUGCAUCAGGGAGAUGACGUCACGCAAAGGGGACAACGUCCUCCUGUGCAGUCACAUCCAGAGUUACGUCACCGCCUGUCAGCUCGCCGGUGCAAAGAUAAAGGAGUGGAGGAGUGACAAGUUCUGUCCAUUGAAGUGUCCCGCUGGUAGUCACUAUGAGCUGUGUGCCUCCUCCUGGCCCUCCACCUGCUCCUCCCUGCAGAGCUCAGCUCCCACCCCAGCUUGUCAAGAGGGUUGCCAGUGUGACGACGGCCUCAUGUCCGACGGAGCCAACUGUGUGUCUGUGGAGAAGUGUGGCUGUGUGGUGGAUGGACAGUAUUAUAAAUCGGGCUCAUCAGUAAGAGCAGGCGACUGUUCAGAGAUCUGUUCCUGUGAGGCCGGAGAGUUCAGCUGUAAAGCCUCAAGCUGCCAGCAGGGGGAGGAUUGUCGCAACAAGGACGGAGUCACUGGCUGCUUCCCGAAAGACCCCUGUGCAAAGACCAAUUGCAGGGUGAAGGAGCGCUGCGAGGUGGAAGAGGGUCAGGGAGUGUGUGUGCCGGAGUCUCGCGCAAUCUGCUGGGGAUCUGGGGACCCUCACUACAGGACAUUCGACGCCAAGAGUUACUCAUUCCAAGGAACCUGCAGCUACGUCCUCGUCAACACCACAGGAGCUGAUUCAUCCCUGCCAGCGGUAACGGUGACCGUGAAGAACGAGCUGCGAGGGAACUCUGAGGGCUCCUUUGUGCAGUCAUUCACUGUGGAGAUGUUGGGCCACAGUAUUUACAUCCCCAGUGGUCCAGAAGAUAUCGUAGUGGUGGAUGGUAUUAGGGAAGAACUUCCCAUCGAGCUUGAUGUAGGAGCCAUCUCCAUAACACAAAGUGGAAUAAGAGGAACAAUCGAGACUCAAAUUGGUGUGGAGGUCAGUUUUGAUUGGUCUAGUUUCGUCUCGGUUAUCCUCAGCAGCAGUUACUUUGGUAACGUUGCUGGGCUCUGUGGCAACUACAAUGGUGACAUGGAGGACGAAUUGACCACCGCUGGAGGCAAGAUUGCUGCUAAUGUGACAUCUUGGGCGGCGUCAUGGAGCAUCCCUGAUGGAGACCGGUUCUGUUACCAUCACUGUCAGGGGAAGUGUCCUCAGUGCUCCGAGGAAGACCGCAAGAAGUACCUUGGGCCACAGUUCUGUGGGUUCCUGAGUAAUAAGAACGGACCGUUCGCUAGCUGUCACGCUAAGGUUUCAGUUGAAGAGUUUGUGUCUGACUGUCUCUACGACGUCUGCAUCAAUGAAGGACGACAAAAGGUGCUGUGUGAGGCUCUGAGCACCUACAUGGCAGAGUGCCAGGAAAAUGAAGCAUCAGUAGCGCCAUGGAGACAACUGGCAGGCUGUCCUGCUCCGUGUCCUGAAAACAGUCACUACAAGCCGUGCGGCUCAGCGUGUCCGCCCGGCUGUGGACCUCAGCCUGAGUUCUGCACUAAGAUCUGUGUGGAGGGCUGUUUCUGUGACGAAGGAUAUGUGAAAAGUGGAACAGAGUGUGUGACCAAGGAGAAGGGCUGCGGCUGUGAACAUAACGGACAUUAUUACAAGCCAGAUGAGGAGUUCUGGGGCGACUCUGAAUGCAACGACAAGUGCGUGUGUGACGCAGCAACAAAACAGGUGAAGUGUAAGUCAGUGGGAUGUCAGGCCGGAGAGAUGUGCAGCGUCGUAGACGGAGUCCGGGACUGUUAUCCAAUCAGCUUUAAGACGUGCACAGCACGCGGAGACCCACACUACUCCUCCUUCGAUGGACGCAAGUUUGACUUCCAGGGAAACUGUGUCUACAAGCUGGCCGGUGUGUGUGGAGACACUAAAGGACUGAAGGACUUUGAGGUAACUCUGGAGAACAACAACCGCGGCAACAAAAAAGUGUCCUACGCCAAAGUGGUGACACUUAAUGUCUUCGGCAAAAAGUUCACACUCUCACAGGAAAACAAAGGCAAAGUGAUGGUGGAUGGAGUGAUAGAAUCUCUGCCACUCCUGUGGAAUAAAUCACAGGUGCAGGUUCAUCGCAGACACAGAGAGGCCGUCAUCGAAACACACUUUUUAAAGGUCUCCUUUGACUAUGUGAGUUCAGUGAGGGUGGAGCUGGCUUCUACCUAUAAAAAUGCAGCCUGUGGUCUUUGUGGAAACAUGAACGGAGACCCAGCGGACGACCUGAUGCUGCCCGACGGGAAGCAGGCCGACAACGCCACGGUGUUUGGAGUGAGCCAUUGGGUGGCUGAUGUGGAGGGAUGCUCUCAUGAGUGUAAAGACUGUCCUCCACCCCUCCCCGCUGACGACAAACUGCCCGACUACACUAAGGCGUGUGACGUGAUAACGGCAAAUGACGGACCCCUGGCUGAAUGUUCAGAGCUCCUGGAUUCCAAACAGUACCACCAAGACUGUGUCUACGACAUUUAUCUAAAUGAAGGCAAACAGGAGGCAGCCUGUGACAUCAUCAGAGACUACGUGGAGGAGUGUCAGAGGAAACAAGGCAACGUCAAACCGUGGAGGACGGAGAACUUCUGCCCGAUGGACUGUCAAGCCAAUAGUGAUUACAGUCUCAGUGCUCCUGGCUGUCCAAUCACCUGCGACUCCUUAUCUCUACGUGCCAACUGUAAAGUCGCACCAAGUGAGGGCUGUGUGUGUCAACAUGGAUACGUGCUGAAUAAGGAUCGCUGUGUGAAACUGGCUGAAUGUGGCUGUUUCCUUGGUGAUCAUUACCUCGAGAACGGUGAGGGGCACUACGACGAUCACUGCGGUUUAUACUGUGAGUGUUUGCACGGGAUAAGGAUAUGCGCACUAAAACCCUGCGGCCCCCAACAGAAAUGUGGUGUGGUGAACGGAGUGAGGGGCUGCUACUAAUCAGGGAGUCAUCAAAUCAAGUUAUUUAGGAGAGAGCAGGAUAUUGAUUUUACCGAGUGUUUAACACAAAGCCUUUACCAUUACUAGAGAAACUCUUGAUGAUUCUUACCUUGUUAUAACUCACAGUAAAAAAUCACAGUAAUCAUCUUUCCCUAUGAUUUUUCCUUCCAUGCACACAUUUAUCUGCAGUGAACUGUACAAUCAAUCUUUACUAAUCAAGUAUUUCUAAUGAUCAUUAAAAAUAUUUCAG